GGAGCUAAUGCUAAUGCUAAUGCUAACCUCUGGUAACUGAGCUCAAGUCAAAACAUGAGUUCAGCCAAGAAGAAGAAGAACAACGAGGCAGAGUUUCCACAGAACUCAGCACAGGUCGGCAGAAAGGAGCCGUGGAUGGAAAACAAACCCUCGUUUACGUUGUUUCCCCGACUGGCGCCAAAACCUCAAGGAAGUGAAGAAGCUGUGAAAAAUGUGCAGAGGGAAGGGACAGACAUCAGGCCGGUUCAAAGGUAUGGCAGAGUUCAGAACCUGCUCCUGAACAAAAAGCCAGUGCAUCCUGCCGCCUCGAGACGCCGACUCAACAGCAGCACAAAACUCAGCGAGAAGCACAAGAACCUUCGCAGAUUUGUGGUUAAUUUCGUUUGUCAGCAGCAGGAGGAGGUGGAGGAUGGUGACACUCUGACAUGUGGCGCUCCCAAACCCAAACAAAAUGACAUGGUGAAAUGUGACACACACUUCAUGAAAUAUCUGUAUAAGAUCUGUAUAAUGUCCUCUUCAUUCUUUGUGUGUAUGUUUCUCUUCAAGACACUUGAUAUGGUUUUCUGUUUUGUUUGGUUGGUCUCAGUCGUUGCAGUUGCUCUCUGGCACAUAAAUCAGGGAGGGAACACUCAGAAAUAUGAUUACUACAUCCAGCAUGGGAUAGACCUGAAGUACGUGUCUCCUCUGGACGACUCUUGGCUGGAGAACAUUCUGGAGAAGAUCCCCUGUCACCUGAGGAGCCAGAGCCCCUCCCAGAAAGAGCUGGUGAAGGAGAUCAAGGAGGACUACUUAUUCCAUGUCAAGAAAGCAAUAGUGAAUUAUACAUUCAGAGAUACGAGAGAAAGUUGCGAGGAAAAAGUAAAAGAUCUGCCCCCUCAUAGACUUGAAUUGGAGGUGUUUCCAAAACUAUGGAACAAAGCUUUUGUUGAUGCACGAAAGAAGAUGAGACAUCAGCUUCACACUAUCAACCCCCUCAUGCUGCAAUUGCAGGACCUUUGGCAUAAGUCUUACAAAAAUGUCUUUCUUAUGGAUGUGGAGGAGUUCCACAGGAGAGACGAGUCCAUGGAGCUGUCUGCGUUCCACCAAAUCGUCACCAGACAUGUUGAUAAUGUCAGAGGAAUCCUCCUGAGAAAGUGGAUUCCUGAGGUGCAAAACAUUUACCAGCAGGGCUCCAGACUCAAGCUGGUGCCUCCCUCGAACAAAAGGGCCAAGCUGUUGUCUUUCUUUAACUGUGCAGCCACACUGAUGACCUCCCAGCUGCAGAGCCUUGCAUUAGACUCAAUGAGGAGUUAUACAAACAUGAUUUCCCCAGACCAGCUGUCUGAGCGAGCCCAUGAACACCCGGGCUUCGUGCUGCAUCUGAUCCUGGAGGACGGGAAGAUCAAGUUUGAGCCUGACUUCAAAAAGUUUGAGGAGGCUCUCAUCAACCCGUAUGAGUACAUGCUCAGGUCCAUCAGCAUAGUGCCCCGUGUGGAAACCAAACUCUUCCCUGAGUGGCCAGUCUCCCAGUUUGGCAGCGUCCUGAAGCCCAUCAUCCUGCCAGAGAUCCUCGAGGCCCAGCAGGAGGACGUGCGCCGGGUGUUCUGGGCCGAGUGUGUCGGGCCCGAGGAGUAUGUCCACGAGUAUGAUAGAUAUGCCACACUGGUAUCCAAGCAGGCAGACGAGGAUGUAGAGCACUUCCUUCGUGAGCCGCACUCCUUCCAGGAAAUCAUGACAGAGGUGCUACGCUACCAGCAGCUGGCUGAGCAGAUCCAGUUCACGUUUUGCAAGGUUGUACGGAUCGGCAUGUUUGAGGUCCAGUCCCAUAAGCUUAUCCACUCUCUUGUCAAGCUUGCUCAGGAGCUCCAGCAGAAGCUCAUUACCCGCAUGCUACAGGAUCACCAGGAAAUCAACAACCGGCUUUGUCUUGACUUUGAGAAGAUUGCAGAGAAGGCGCUGAGCACCCCAUCUGACACACAAAAACUGAUGGAGCUUAAGGCCUAUGUGGAUACGGUGCAGACCACCGAGAUACCCUUGUUGGAACAACGAUUGGCAGACUCCACCACGCAGUUUUGUUUCCUGGUGGACUUUGUCACAUUCUCUCCAGCGCACAUGAAGUGCAACACGCAGACUAUCCAGUGGCUGAAGCGCAUGCCAUCUAUCUUUAAAGAGCACCAAAAGAUCAUUAGUGAGAAGACAGAGCAAUUCCAGAGUGGUCUCAAGUUAUGCCUUGAGCACUUUAUGGAAGAACUGGAGAGCUACAGCGUGCAGGCGGAGGAGUUCGCCAACUUCGGUGAUCUCACGGAUCUCACCAAGUACUUGAAGAAAGCCCAGGACCUUGAUGCUAAACUGGAGUCAGCCACAAAAAAGAUACACAAUUUCAAUGCAGAGGAGGCGGCCUACGGCUGGUCUGUUUCCCAGUGUCCACAGCGGAAGAACAUCCAGGAAAAGCUCACACCUUUUCUGCGCCUCUAUGAGACAGGCACUGAUUUCCUCCAGCAGCAUGAGCAGUGGCUCCAUGGGCCGCUCUCUGGUGUGAACCCAGACAAGGUAGAAGAGGAUGUUAGCAACUACUGGCGCACUCUAUACAAGCUGGAGAAAGGCUUCUCCGAAUUUCCCAAAGCCUUGAACAUAGCCACCAGUAUGAAGGCAAAGAUAGAGGAGUUCAAGGAGCACAUUCCUAUGGUGCAGGUAUUGUGUAACCCUGGCCUGAGAGGCCGCCACUGGGAUGCCAUGUCCGAGCUAGCUGGUGUCUCCCUGCAGCCAGCUAGUGACGAGGCCUGUAUGGCUCACUUUCUAUCCAUGAAUCUGGAACAGCACGUAAGGAGCUUUGAAGGCAUCAGCGAGGCAGCAGGCAAGGAGCACUCCCUGGAGAAGGCCAUGGAGAAGAUGGCCAUGGAGUGGGAUGACAUGGAGUUCAGCUUCCUGGCCUACAGAGAGACGGGCACCUCCAUCCUGUCGUCUGUGGAUGAAGUCCAGAUGCUUUUGGACGAUCACAUAGUAAAGACGCAGACUAUGAAGGGCUCAUCCUUCAUCAAGCCUUUCGAGGUGGAGAUACGGGAAUGGGAGGACAAGUUGCUGCUGCUCCAAGAGAUCCUGGAUGAGUGGUUGAAGGUGCAGUCCACUUGGCUUUACCUGGAGCCCAUCUUCAGCUCACCAGACAUCAUGACUCAGAUGCCCGAAGAGGGACGCCGUUUCGCAACUGUUGACCAAACCUGGAGGGACACCAUGAAACAGGUCUCCCUGGACAAGCAUGUGUUGGUGGUGACAGCCAUCGACAAGAUGCUAGAGAAGCUAAACGCGUCCAACGAGCUCCUGGAGAUGAUCCUCAAAGGUCUCAACUCCUAUCUGGAGAAGAAGCGGCUCUAUUUCCCACGGUUCUUCUUCCUGUCCAAUGACGAGCUGCUGGAAAUUCUCUCUGAGACUAAAGAUCCCACAAGCGUGCAGCCCCAUCUGAAGAAGUGCUUUGAAGGCAUCGCCAGUGUGGUGUUCACUGACGUGCUGGACAUCACUCACAUGAAGAGCAGCGAGGGGGAAGUGGUGCAGCUGCUGGACAUCAUCUCGACCUCCAGAGCCAGGGGCCAGGUGGAGAAGUGGCUUCUGGAGCUAGAGAACGGCAUGACUGCCUCACUGCACAAGGUGAUUGGCGAGGCAAUCCAGGCAUACCCCAAUGAGGUUAGGACAAACUGGGUGCGUGCAUGGCCGGGCCAGACUGUGCUGUGUGUCUCACAGGUCUACUGGACGAAGGAUAUACAUGAAGCCAUCAGUGCAGGACAGAAGGCCCUGCACACCUACCUGGAGCAGAACAACAGACAGAUCGACGACAUCGUGGGACUCGUACGUGGCACGCUGUCCAAGCAAAACCGGGUGACCCUCGGAGCCCUCGUCGUGCUGGAUGUCCAUGCGAGGGACGUGCUGGCCACGCUGGUGCAAAAGGGAAUAAGCGAUGAAAAUGACUUUGAGUGGCUCAGCCAGUUGCGCUACUACUGGGUGGAGAACCACCUUGAGACCAAGAUGAUCAAUGCUGGGUUGCGUUACGGUUAUGAGUACCUAGGCAACACACCACGUCUGGUUAUAACCCCUCUCACCGACCGCUGCUACCGCACUUUGUUCGGUGCCCUCCAACUGCAUUUGGGAGGGGCGCCUGAGGGCCCAGCUGGAACCGGGAAGACAGAGACAACCAAAGACUUGGCUAAAGCCGUGGCCAAGCAGUGUGUGGUCUUCAACUGCUCUGACGGACUGGAUUACAUCGCUCUGGGCAAAUUCUUCAAAGGCCUUCUGUCCUGCGGAGCUUGGGCCUGCUUUGAUGAGUUCAACCGCAUAGACUUGGAGGUGCUGUCAGUGGUGGCUCAACAGAUUCUCACCAUACAGAGAGGAAUUGCUGCGCAUGCUGAGAUGCUGCUGUUUGAAGGAACAGAGCUGAAACUCAACCCUUCCUGUGCCGUGUUCAUUACUAUGAACCCCGGCUACGCUGGACGCUCUGAGCUACCAGACAACCUCAAGGCGUUGUUCCGGACUGUGGCUAUGAUGGUGCCGGACUACGCGAUGAUCGCAGAGAUUGUGCUCUACUCUUGUGGCUUUGUUACCGCGCGGCCCCUGUCUGUGAAAAUCGUGGCAACUUAUCGACUCUGCUCAGAGCAACUGUCCAUGCAGCAUCACUACGACUACGGCAUGAGAGCUGUCAAGUCCGUGCUGACCGCCGCCGGAAACCUGAAGCUCACUUUUCCAGAGGACAAUGAAGACACCCUGUUGCUGAGAUCCAUUAUCGAUGUCAAUCUGCCCAAGUUCCUGGCCCAUGAUCUGAAGCUAUUUGAGGGUAUCACCUCUGACCUCUUCCCGGGGGUCGAGCUCCCAAAUCGAGACUACCACAUCCUGCGGGAGGCCAUUGAGGAAAACUGCAAACGCAUGAACCUGCAGGUCACUGACUUCUUUGCAGAGAAAAUCCUGCAGAUCUAUGAGAUGAUGAUCGUGAGGCACGGCUUCAUGCUGGUGGGUGAGCCCUUUGGAGGAAAGACCAGUGCAUACCGUGUGCUGGCAGCUGCCCUUCAUGACGUCUGUGAAAAGGGUCUCAUGGAUGAGAAUCAGGUGCAAAUCACCGUCAUCAACCCCAAAUCCAUCACCAUGGGCCAGCUCUAUGGCCAGUUUGACCCAGUCUCUCACGAGUGGUCGGAUGGCAUCCUCGCUGUCAGCUACAGAACCUUUGCUGCCUCCCAGAGCCCUGACAGGAAAUGGCUCAUCUUUGAUGGCCCGGUUGAUGCCGUGUGGAUCGAGAAUAUGAACACGGUACUCGACGACAACAAGAAGCUGUGUCUGAUGAGCGGCGAGAUCAUCCAGAUGUCCCCGCAAAUGAGCCUCAUCUUUGAGCCCAUGGACCUGGAGGUGGCAUCACCAGCCACAGUGUCUCGCUGUGGUAUGAUCUACAUGGAGCCCCAUAUGCUGGGCUGGAGGCCUCUUAUGCUGUCCUGGCUCAAUACACUGCCAGCCACAGUCAGUGCCACGCACAGAGACCUCAUUGCUGGCCUCUUCGACCGCAUUCUGCCACCCUGCAUUCAGCUCAUUCGAAAGGCUACCAAGGAGCUGUCCCCGACCUCUGACACCAAUCUUGUCAAGUCCCUAAUGAAUCUGAUGGACUGCAUGAUGGAUGAGUUUCAUGAUGAAGAGAAGAUGAAGAGCAUGAACGAGACGGAUGUUUGCUCCUGGUUGGAGGGCAUCUGUGUCUUCUGCCUGGUGUGGUCCGUGGGCGCCAGCUGUGACGACUCGGGCCGGCUCAAGUUCGACGCAGUGGCGAGGGAGCUACUGAGCGGUCCUCUGAGUAAGGACACCCAGGCCUGCCACGGCAUUCUGGCCCCUGUGGAGGCCCCACGUAAACAGCUGACGGUUCCCCUGCCCACCGAGGGGACGGUCUACCAAUAUCGCUUCAUUAAAGAGGGCCCGGGGAGGUGGGAGCUGUGGACGGAUGAGCUGAAGACUGCUUCCCCCAUAUGCAAAGCCGCGCAGUUCAACGAGAUCAUUGUUCCCACGGAGAACACGGUGCGCUGCAUGGCGCUAAUGGAGCUCCUCAUCACCCACCAGAGGCCCACUAUCUUCAUCGGCCCCACGGGCACCGGCAAGAGCGUCUACAUUACUGACUUCCUAUUGAAUCAGCUGCAGAAGGACGUGUACAGUCCGUUAUUUAUCAACUUCUCAGCCCAGACUACAGCUGCUCAGACCCAGAACAUAAUUAUGUCCAAGCUGGAUAAGCGGCGCAAGGGAGUGUUCGGCCCUCCACUGGGAAAGAAAAUGGUGGUGUUUGUGGACGAUGUGAACAUGCCAGCCAGGGAGGUUUAUGGAGCCCAGCCACCUGUGGAGCUGCUGCGACAGUGGCUGGACCAUUGGAACUGGUACGACACAAAGAACUGCUCCAUGAUCAACCUGGUGGAUAUCCAGAUCAUAUGUGCUAUGGGGCCACCUGGUGGAGGGCGGAGCCCUGUCACUCCUCGUUACCUGCGCCACUUCAACAUGAUUACCAUUAAUGAUUUCGAUGAGAAGACGAUGUACACGAUUUUCUCCAGGAUCAUGGACUGGCAUUUCAACAUACGUUGUGACUUUCACGACCUCAAGGGCGAGGACCGCAACUACCGUGAGGUGCGGAACCUUGACCAGCUCCGACAGGUGGUGGAGUCCCACCUGGAGGAAUUCAACAACAUCAGCAAGGCACCGAUGAAUCUGGUGCUCUUUCGUUUUGCCAUCGAACACGUGUGCCGCAUCUCCCGCAUCCUCAAGCAGCCAGGUGGACACGCCCUGCUGGUGGGCGUUGGUGGGAGUGGGCGCCAGUCUCUCACCCGCUUGGCUGCCUACAUGGCAGAGGCAGAGCUUUUCCAGGUGGAGAUCUCCAAGACUUACGGAACCACGGAAUGGCACAACGACCUGAAGCUGAUAAUGAGGAAGUCCACACAGGGUGAAGCCCACGGCGUGUUUCUUUUCACAGACACACAAAUCAAAAUGGAGUCAUUCCUGGAGGACAUCGGUAACCUGCUCAACACGGGUGAGGUCCCUAGCCUGUUUGCAGUUGAUGAGAAGCAGGAAAUCUGCGAGCGAAUGCGCACGCUGGACCGCCAGCGUGACCGGGACAAGCAAACGGAUUGCAGCCCCUUGUCCCUUUUCAACAUGUUCGUCGAGCGCUGUCGCACUCAGCUGCAUGUGGUGUUGGCCAUGAGUCCCAUCGGAGACGCCUUUAGGAACCGCCUGAGACGCUUCCCUGCCCUCAUUAACUGCUGCACCAUUAACUGGUUCCAGACCUGGCCCGAGGAUGCUCUGCAGGCAGUGGCCUGUCGCUUCCUGGAGGAUGUUGAGAUGACAGACGAGUCGCGAGAAGGCUGCAUUAACAUGUGCAAGAGCUUUCACACCUCAACUAUUGAGUUGUCAACGCGCUUCUUGACUGAGCUGCAGCGCCACAAUUACGUCACACCAACCUCAUACCUGGAGCUCAUUUCCACCUUCAAAGCCCUGCUGAAAACAAAAAGAGCGGAGGUGAUGAAGCUGAAACAUCGCUAUGAGGUGGGCCUGGAGAAACUAGAGUCAGCAGCAAAUGAGGUGGCCACCAUGCAAGUGGAGCUGGAGGCCCUGAAGCCACAGCUACUAGUGGCAAGCAAAGAGGUUGAUGAGAUGAUGGUGGUAAUUGAGCACGAGUCUGUGGAGGUGGCUGAGACCGAGAAGGUGGUGAAGGUGGACGAGGCAGAGGCCAACCAGCAAGCCAUGGCUGCCAAGGCCAUCAAGGACGACUGUGAUGCCGACCUGGCCGUAGCCAUGCCCAUCCUGGAGUCGGCUCUGGCUGCGUUGAAUACUCUCACUACUCAGGAUAUCACAGUGAUAAAGUCCAUGAAAAGCCCCCCCACAGCUGUCAAGCUGGUGAUGGAAGCAAUCUGCAUCCUCAAAGGCAUCAAGCCAGAUCGUGUGCCAGACCCUUCGGGCUCUGGUAAAAAGGUCGAGGACUUCUGGGGCCCGGCCAAAAAGCUCCUGGGGGAUAUGAGAUUUCUCCAGAGCCUCCACGAGUACGACAAGGACAACAUCCCACAAAAUCUCAUCGCCAUCAUCCGCAGCAAGUACAUCACCAACUCAGACUUUGUACCCGAGAAGAUUCGAACUGCAUCCGCUGCAGCUGAAGGGAUGUGUAAGUGGGUUUGUGCCAUGGACAAGUAUGACAAAGUGGCCAAGGUGGUGGCUCCGAAGAAGGAGAAGCUGGCCCAGGCUGAGGGGAAAAUGAAGGUGGCCAUGGAGAGCCUGCACAAAAAACAGGCUGCGCUCAAAGAAGUCCAAGAUAAGCUUGCGAAGCUUCAAGAAACAUUGAACGCUAAUAAAAACAAGAAAGCUGACCUGGAGAAUCAGGUGGAUCUGUGCAGGAAGAAGCUUGAGCGAGCGGAGCAGCUGAUUGGAGGGCUGGGUGGGGAGAAGACCCGCUGGAGUGAAAUGGCCUUUAAUCUCAAAGAGCUCUACAAUAACCUGACGGGGGAUAUCCUUAUCUCAGCAGGCAUAGUGGCUUACCUGGGAGCCUUCACCUCCAGCUACAGACAGGAUCAGACAAACAAGUGGAUGAAUCUUUGUCAGAUUAACAAGAUCCCCUGCUCCCCCAACAUGUCUCUACUGAGCUCGCUGGGCGAUCCAGUCAAGAUUCGUGCGUGGACCAUCGCCGGACUACCGUCAGACAGCUUCUCCAUCGACAACGGCAUCAUCAUCUCCAAUGCCAGGCGGUGGCCUCUGAUGAUCGAUCCCCAGGGCCAGGCAAAGAAGUGGGUGAAAAACAUGGAGAAGGCCAACUGCCUGCAUAUUAUCAAACUGACUGAUGCCGACUUUGUACGCACUCUGGAGAACUGCAUCCAGUUUGGCACACCAGUGCUGCUGGAGAACGUGGGCGAGGAGCUGGACCCUAUCCUGGAGCCUCUGCUGCUGAGACAGACUUUUAAACAGGGUGGUACCAUGUGCAUCCGCCUGGGAGACUCUACCAUUGAAUAUUCUCCUGACUUUCGCUUCUACAUCACCACCAAGCUGCGCAACCCUCACUACCUGCCUGAGACUGCCGUCAAGGUGACGCUUCUGAACUUCAUGAUCACCCCAGAAGGCAUCGAGGACCAGCUGCUGGGCAUCGUGGUGGCCCGGGAGAGGCCCGAUCUGGAGGAAGAGAAACAGGCACUCAUCUUGCAGGGAGCAGAGAACAAGAGACAAUUGAAGGAGAUUGAGGACGAAAUCUUAGAGGUGCUCUCCUCUUCUGAGGGCAACAUCCUGGAGGACGAGACGGCCGUCAAGAUCCUCUCCUGCUCCAAGGUGCUGGCCAACGAAAUCACAGAGAAGCAGGCCGUGGCCGAGGUGACCGAGCGGAAGAUUGAUGAGACCCGCAUGGGCUACACACCUAUCGCCGUGCACUCGGCCAUCUUGUUCUUCUCCAUUGCUGACCUGGCUAACAUUGAGCCCAUGUACCAAUACUCCCUCGCCUGGUUUAUUAACCUCUUCAUCAGCUCCAUCGACAGCUCGGCCAAGAGCGACGACGUGGAGCGGAGACUACAGAUCCUGAGGGACCACUUUACCUACACACUAUAUGUCAACGUGUGCCGCUCAUUAUUCGAGAAGGAUAAGCUGCUCUUUUCCUUCUGCCUCAGCGUCAAUCUGCUCAUGCAAAAUAAGCAGGUGGAUGAGCGGGAGUGGCGCUUCCUUCUGACAGGUGGCGUGGGCCUGGACAACCCCCACUCCAAUCCCUGCACCUGGCUCCCCAAGAAGUCUUGGGAUGAAAUCUGCCGCCUGGACGAGAUGGAGCGUUUUAACGGCCUGCGGCACAACAUGGCUCGCCUCAGGAACGAAUGGAAGGCGGUUUACGACAGCUCAGAUCCCCAUCAGACUCCGUUCCCUGAUGAGUGGCAGGAGAAGCUGAGCCAGUUUCAGAAGAUGCUGGUGAUUCGUUGUCUCAGACCAGACAAGAUUAUUCCCAUGGUGCAGGAGUUUGUUUCCGACAGUCUGGGUCGUCCUUUUAUUGAAACGCCACCCUUCAAUCUGAGCAACGCCUUCGUCGAUAGCCACUGCUCUGCCCCCCUCAUCUUCAUCCUCUCCCCCGGCUCGGACCCCAUGGCUGCAUUGCUCAAGUUCGGUGAUGAAAAGGGCUUUACCGGCAACAAGCUGACCUCCCUCUCUCUGGGCCAAGGCCAGGGCCCUAUUGCUAUGCGUAUGAUUGAGACCGGCAUUAAAGAGGGCACCUGGGUGGUUCUGCAGAACUGCCACUUGGCCACUUCCUGGAUGUCAACGUUGGAGAGAGUCUGUGAGGCGCUGAACCCGGACUCAACCCACCCGGACUUUAGGCUGUGGCUGACCAGUUACCCAUCUCCUACCUUCCCUGUGGCUGUGCUUCAGAAUGGGGUGAAGAUGACCAACGAGGCACCGAAGGGCCUCCGCGCCAACAUUGCACGCUCAUUCUUAAUGGAUCCCAUCUCUGACCCUGAGUUUUUUGACAGCUCCAGCAAACCGGCUGUGUUCAAGAAGCUGCUGUACGGCCUGUGUUUCUUCCACGCCCUGACCCAGGAGAGAAGGAAGUUCGGACCUUUGGGCUGGAACAUUCCUUACGAGUUCAAUCAGACCGACCUGCGGAUCUCAGUACAGCAGCUGCACAUGUUCCUGGAACAGUACCGGGAAGUGCCAUUUGAUGCUCUCCGCUACAUGACCGGCGAGUGCAACUAUGGCGGGCGUGUGACAGACGACUGGGACAGACGGACACUGCGCACGAUCCUGUCGAUCUUCUACACUUCAGAGAUCAACGAGGACCCCAACUAUAAGUUUGAUCCCAGUGGGCUCUACUAUGCACCGGCAGAGGGAGAUUACAACAGCUACAUCGAAUACACAAAGUCGUUGCCACUCAACCCGUCGCCGGAAGUUUUCGGAAUGAACGCCAACGCAGAUAUAGCCAAGGAUCAGGCCGAGACACAACUGCUGUUUGACAGCAUCCUGCUCACACAGACCCGCUCUUCAAGCGGAGACGCCAAAUCCUCCGAUGACAUGGUCUUUGAUGUGGCGGCCGACGUCCUGAGCAAGCUGCCUGGAGACUUCGACCUGCAGGCGGUGAUGAGGCUCUUUCCCACCAGCUACAACCAGAGCAUGAACACGGUGCUGGUGCAGGAGAUGGGCCGCUUCAACAGCCUGCUUCACACCAUCCGAGACUCCUGCGUCAACAUCCAGAAGGCCAUUAAGGGGCUGGUGGUGAUGUCUGCAGAGCUGGAGGACAUAGUCAGCAGCAUCCUGACGGGUCGGAUUCCAGGCAUGUGGAUGAAGAAGUCCUACCCCAGCCUCAAGCCGUUGGGAAGCUACGUCAACGACUUCCUGGAGCGACUCAAGUUCCUACAGGACUGGUAUGAUAAUGGUACGCCUGCUGUAUUCUGGGUAUCAGGAUUCUUCUUCACCCAGGCCUUCCUCACAGCCAGUCAGCAGAACUACGCCAGGAAACACACCGUCCCCAUUGACUUGCUGGGCUUCGACUUCGAGGUCCUGGACGACAGACAAUACAAACUGCCCCCAAAGGAUGGUGUGUACAUCCACGGCCUCUUCUUGGACGGCGCCCGCUGGGACAGAAAGACCAAACUUCUCGCUGAGUCCCACCCUAAAGUCCUGCAUGACCCCCUGCCUGUGAUGUGGUUGAAGCCCAUUAAGCGACAGGACGUCCCCCAGAGGAUGUGUUACGUGGCGCCUGUCUACAAGACCAGCGAGCGGCGCGGCACGCUGUCCACCACGGGCCACUCCACCAACUACGUCAUCUCCAUGACGCUGAACUCCAGCGUGCCGGCCGAGCACUGGAUCCGACGAGGGGUGGCGCUGCUCUGCCAGCUCAGCUCCUAGAGCGUUUGGUGUCACACUUUGUUCACGUCCCCACAUCUUCCGUAGUUUCAAGUAGAAGAAUUCAAAUGCCACACAGGCUCAUAAUCAUUAGGUCACCAGGUCUGGUACUACCAGCACUUUAUUAUGAAGUACUUUGUAGAAUAUUACAUGUAUAGUACUAAACUAAGUAGUUUUGAUCAAAGAUAGUUUCUGUCAUUUAAUGUAGUUUUUAAUCACAUGGAUAUUCAAGGGCUAAUUUUGGUUUUGAGUUAUUUGGAGCUUUAAAGAUGUGAUGAAACAUCCUCGCUUCAGCAUCUCCACCCCCCCCCCCCCCCCCCGAUCAGUACUUCUCUGGAUAGUGUGACAAAGUGGAGACGUGUCAUCCAACUUUAGAAACAGUCUAUGACUCAGAAA